CAAGACAUGGACCGAUUGGCCACAACACAAGAUUCCACAUGGACGUGUACUGUCUGUCUGUAUGCGGUGGCACCAUCGCUCGAGUCUCUGUUACCCCUGUAUGCUGUCCAUCAUCAUCAUCAUCAUCAUCUCUCCGAUGCAAAUAGGGCGGUGCAUUAGCCGCGGAUCCAUCUGCAUGGGCAGAUGGAUUUGACGUCUUCCUUUUCCCAUGGUUACGCAUUCCGUGGCCGCCAUCCAUCUACACGUGUGUCAAAAAACAUCAUCAUGCCUGUUCGCAUCCGCGCCCGUCUCUUUAAACAGAAAUAUGAACCCUCCUGAUCUCUCCCCCGACUGCCGUUCCUGGUGCUUGUCGGUUUUAUGCAGUGGCCCCUGCUUUUCCUGGAACGCCCAUCACCCGCCACGCACCAUCAUGGCGGCGACCCUGGCAACAACCCCCCAGCAAACGCCCUCCAAACACAUCUCCAUCCGCACCCAGCCCAUCAAAAAUGACCCACCGCGCCCCGAGCCCCUCAAGAAACGCCAUUCUGAUCCUCUCGAUGUAAUGUCUCCUGUCAACGAGAACGGCAGCUUCGAAUUCGAUCGAGUAAUCAAGAGGGGAACUGUGGUGAAGCGCACCCGCAAGACCAAGCAAUGGCGAUCCGUCUACCUCGUUCUGCGCCCCAAUCUCCUUUCCAUCUACCGUGACAAGGAUGAGACCAAGUUGCGACACCAAAUUAGCCUUUCCGACAUCACCGCCGUUGCCCGCCAGAGGGACUCGAAAAAGAAGAUGGAACACGUUUUUGGGAUAUUCUCUCCUGCAAGAAACUACCACUUCAGCGCACUGACGGAGAAGGACGCGCAGUCUUGGGUUACCCUCAUCCGAUCCGAAGCGCGCAUAGACGAGGGCGACGAAGAAAUGAUCCUUAUGAGUCCUGCUGCCCACAAUACAACCUUCACAGGCUUCGACCGCAUCGUAAAGCGAGGAGAUGUUGGAUCCAGCUCGUCCGAAGCAGAGCAUCGCCCCUCGAGUUCCAUAGCCCCAGAGAACAUGCACAGCGCCCGUCGACCAUCGCAUACCUUGAAUUACUCUGGCAAUGAACAUGGAUCUUACUCGGAUUUCUCCGAUACCGGCGGCCCCGUUCACGCACCCUUCCAGGCUUCCAUGACUUCGUUGCCGCAUACUCCACGCACGUCGGCGCAAUUACCAAACGCGAGCCAGCAGAACAACACUGGUACUGCGCCCGACGACAAUCGCGUUAUUUAUCAUGGCUGGCUGUGGGUGCUCAAAUCAAAGGGCGGUGUACGUCAGAAUACUCCGCCAACUUGAUCAUCCCUUUCGAGAACCUCAUCGAUGCUGUCGACAUUGAUGCCGCCUC